GAGAUACUGCACAAUAAAAUGUAAAAAAAGCAAGCCGUCGCCUGCACUCUCUUUCUUAGCGCUUGACGAGUAAGUACCGGUUUAUUUCCUCUUAAAUUUUUAUUAGUACGUAAAACAAGACGAAAAUGGCCCCGUCCUAUAAGCUCACGUACUUCAAUCUUACCGCCUUGGGCGAACCGAUAAGGUUCCUGUUCCACUACGGCGGUAUCGACUUUGUCGAUAACAGGAUCGAGAAAGCGGACUGGCCGGCCCUGAAACCCAAGACCCCGUACGGAGUACUGCCUCUGCUCGAAAUUGACGGCAAGCAGGUACUACAUCAAAGCGUCGCCAUCGCGAGGUACGUCGCCAAAGUGGUGAAUCUAGUAGGCAAAAACGAUUUGGAAAAUUGGGAGAUCGACGCGGCCGUGGAUACCGUCAAUGACGUCAGAGCGAAACUAGCCGCGGCGGCCUUCGAAACGGACGAAACCAGGAAAGCGGCCCUGUUCGAAACCCUAAAGGACGACACGUUGCCCUUCUUUUUGUCCCGCCUAGACUCCCAAGCCAAGGCGAACAAGGGUUACCUCGCGGUCGGAAGGCUUACCUGGGCGGAUUUGUUUUUCGUCGGCAUCCUCGACUUUUUGAACAUCCUGGCGCAGCAGGACCUCGUCGCCGCCUACCCCAAUUUGCAGGCUGUUCGGAAGAACGUGCUUGCCAUUAACAGCAUCAAGGCGUGGGUUGCCAAACGUCCCAAAGAUCAACUGUAAUCCGCUUCUGCGCAAUAAAUGUUUAACAAUUGC